ACGGAAUAAGUGACCAAAGUGUUUGCAGCUGCUAAGCCAACUGGCAGCUGAAAACAGCCGAUUUCGGAGGGUAGUGCUGCCAGGAACCCCUAAACCAACUCCCUACUAUAGCCCACCCCACAGGUAACUGCUAUACCAGGCAAACCGAUGCAUAUCUCCUUCCGCCGUAUGUAGUAAUCAACGAUAAAGUUGCCUGCUUUCCGGCAAGGGGAAGAAGGUCAGAACUUGCCGGCGGUACACCCCGUGCUCCGCUACCCCUCGCUACUGCCGAAGCACGCAAGCGACAAUCGGAUGUUUGUAACCUGGUUAUCUUCAGAAUACGUUUUUCUUUCUCUUUCAUCCUUGUCUCACCGCCAAUAAAGCACAUACAACAUCAAUUCAGCAUCUCUUCCAAGUAUUUCCCUUUACCUAAGUUAUCAAUGUGAAGACGAGCAAAAUGAGCGAAUCAAAGAAGAAAGGCUGCACGACUGGUUGUUGCAGCGCUCUUCCCCCGCCGCCUCCAAAGGUGAGAGACGUUGGUUGUAGCUCGGGGUGCUGCAGUGGCAACAGGAAGGUGGAAGCUGAAGAAGUGAAUGAUUGCUGUAAGCCGCAGGUUCCAAAAAGUAAGGACUGCAGCUCCGUCGCCUGUGAAACUCCCGGCGGUGCUUCUGAGCCCGACGACGAUUGCUGCAAGCCUGAAAAGCCAAAUUCCCUCGAUAGUUGCCGAGAUACCUGUUGCAAACCCAAGGAAAGGGUUGAUGACUGCUGUGUACCGAAAGCAGCAAAUACGGCCCCCGCAAGCUCAACUAGUUGCUGCGCUUCUAAAGCCGAACAAGGCAUCGAGGACAGUUGCUGCAAACCUGUAGAAGCCGCCAUCAAUGAAUGCUGUCAAGAUUCCUGUUGCGAUGCCGAGGAAGAAGUCGAUAAUACUUAUAAUGGACCACCAGACGGUCUUCCACGGGAUACCUACAAAGACACCUGCUGUUCGACUACGAAGCCCGACACGGUUGAGCCAUCUUGCUGCGAGGGCAAACAGAGGCCAUGCUGCGACACAACAUGUAUCGACCGACUCGUAAUCCGAGAGACUGCUAUCGAAAGGGGGCAAGGUGAUGGUGCAGCUUCAACCUCUAGCUGCAGCCCAUCCCCUGCUAAAGAGGAGUCAAUUCGCGAGAAAUAUGAAAUCAGACUCGCGGCCCUCGGGUGUCUGUGCCGAGCACUCAUCGCUCUAGGUCAAGAAUCAUGUUGUGCAGCUCGUGACGUUCCCUCGGAGGAAAGGAAGCGCGGACCUAAGAGAACUGCUCGUCCUAAGUCCCAGGAGAAACAGGCCCCAACUUGCAAGCCAAAAGCAGUGGAAAAUUGUUGUUCGAAGUCCCCGAUGCGUAAACCCACAGCGUCGAAAACUCGAGGCGGUACAUCUUGUAACAAGGGUUGCUGUAAGGGAGCAGCGGAUUCUUCCACAACCGAACCUGCUAAAGAAUCUAGCUGUUGCUCUAAAAGUCUAAGUCCUAAAGGAAGUUGUUGUCAGCAAGAUAAAAACAUCAUUAUCGAACAUACUCUAAGGACGAACGGGAGUCAAGAUGCUGCGACCACUGACCUUGAGAAAGGGCUCUCCGGUUCCGAGCGUGUCGUUCUCAAUGUCACCGGAAUGACAUGUACGGGCUGCGAGACUAAGCUACGGCAAACGUUGGGCAGAGUUGAUGCUGUGAAGAAUCUCAAGACGAGCCUCGUUAUGGCCAGAGUUGAAUUUCAACUAGACUUCAGUUUAGCCACGCCAGAGGAUAUUGUCAAGCAUAUCGAGAGAACGACCGAGUUCAAGUGCGAGAGGAUGGCAACCCACGGUUCGACGCUGGACAUUAUUCCUAUCGGAGGAGCCAAACAAUUUAUCCAGCAGCCCAUGCCUCUAGGCGUAGAAAACGUAGAUCUCGUCGAUGAGCGCACUGUUCGUAUUACGUUCGAGCCAGAGGCCAUUGGGGCCCGCGACCUGAUUAAUAAAGGGUUUCAGACUCCGGUUACUCUCGCCCCUCCGCAGGCUGACCCAUCAAUUGCUGCGGGAAGUAAGCAUGUUCGACAUAUGGGCUGGACGACCGUGGCUUCGGCACUUCUCACUAUACCUGUGUUGGUGUUAGCAUGGGCCCCGUUGGAAGAGCGUCCGGUCGUAUAUAGCAGUGUUUCCCUAGGCCUAGCGACUAUUGUUCAGAUCUUCAUCGCAGGUCCAUUCUACCCGAAGGCUCUAAAAAGUUUAGUGUUUUCCAAAGUGGUCGAAAUGGAUCUGUUGAUAGUCUUGAGUACCACUGCGGCAUACAUAUUUUCGGUCGUUUCAUUCGGCUAUCUGGCUAGCGGUCAACCAUUCUCGACGGGUAACUUCUUUGAAACAAGUACCUUGUUAGUCACCCUGAUUAUGGUAGGGCGGUGGGUCAGCGCCCUUGCUCGUCAGAAAGCCGUCGAGAGCAUUUCUAUCCGGUCUUUACAAGCUUCUACUGCGAUUCUAAUUUCGGAUGGGGGCGCCGAAAUCGACAUUGACACUAGACUGCUUCAGUAUGGCGACGUAUUCAAGGUCAUUCCUCAUACUCAGGCGCCUACGGACGGUGUCAUUGUCUCUGGUGCAACGGAGGUAGAUGAAUCAAUGCUAACAGGUGAAUCACGCCUCAUUGAGAAGAAGCCGGGGUCUACGAUUCUUGCUGGGUCACUGAAUGGCAAUGGAACCGUUACAGUACGCCUUACGAAAUUACCGGGGCAGAAUACCAUCAGCACCAUUGCUGCAAUGGUCGAUGAUGCCAAGCUCUCAAAACCCAAGAUCCAGGACCUCGCUGACCGGAUCGCUUCAUACUUUGUCCCCGUAGUUAUUUCCUUGACUUUAAUUACAUUUAUCGCUUGGGUUGGCGUGGGAAUUCGCAGCCAAAGAAAAUCAGGAAGCGAGGCUGUGACACAGGCGAUAACAUACGCCAUCACAGUACUUAUAGUCUCAUGUCCAUGUGCUAUUGGUCUAGCAGUUCCUAUGGUCAUUGUAAUUGCGUGUGGUGUUGCCGCAGAGAAGGGACUGGUUUUCAAGGCAAGCGAGACUAUAGAAAUCGCCUACAAGGCCUCACACGUCGUUUUCGACAAGACUGGCACGUUGACCGAAGGAAAGCUAUCUGUUGUGAGCGAGGAGUAUCUGCUAGGAGCGCAACAUGCCGUUACCUCGAAGAUCUUGGGUUUGUUGACAGACAUUAACCACCCAGUCUCGUCCGCCAUCACAACUCACCUGAAAAGCCGGGAGGUUAUUGCUGCUAAGGUCGGUGAGGUUAAGUCCCUCCCUGGUAAAGGGGUACAAGGUUAUAUCGACGGACUUUGCAUCCAGGCUGGCAACUCCUGCUGGCUCGGUACUGAGUCUGAUCUCCGCGUGCAAGCUGUACUAUCAAAAGGCUAUACUGCCUUCUGCGUAACCAUCGGGUCGGAACUCCAGGCUGUUUUUGGGUUGGCCGAUACUAUCCGACAGGAUGCAGCACUAACUAUUGCAGAGCUAAAGAGACGAAACAUAACCGUGUCGAUGCUAAGUGGUGAUGAUGACGGCGCUGUCCAAGCCGUAGCUUCUUCGCUAGGGAUUCCCGUAGAGAACGCUCUAUCUCGAUGUUCCCCAGCUGACAAGCGGGCGUACAUCCAAAAGCUUCUUGGAAACCAGGAAGUGUCAGACAAUAAAAGGCAGCCAGUGGUCGUAUUCGUGGGAGACGGGACAAACGACGCCGUGGCUCUAGCCCAGGCUACGAUCGGCGUGCAUGUCAACUCGGGCACAGAUGUGGCGCAGUCAGCAGCUGACGUCGUGCUGAUGCGGCCCUCGCUCGGCGGCGUGCUCGCCAUGAUAGACGUAUCACGAGCUGCCGUACGCCGUGUCACCUUCAACUUCGGCUGGAGCUUCGUGUACAAUGUGUUCGCGAUCUUGCUCGCGGCCGGAGCAUUCGUAAAUGCUGGUAAGAAAGCGCGCAUCCCGCCCGAGUUCGCUGGACUCGGCGAGUUGGUUAGCGUGCUACCCGUUAUCGUGGUUGCGGUCAGUCUACGCUGGGCUAGAAUUUAGAGGAUCUACGUGAAAUGGCGGAUGAUACUUGGGGGCGGACCUGAUCGUUUUCUAACUCUGAGUCCCCCAUUUACUUUCUUAGACUUAGGCUUGCCUGGCCUCUGGUAAUACUCUCAUGUAUUACGAGAGAUUCUACUUCAAAUCUUGGGUUUGCGGUUAUAACCGUGGUUACAUCCUAUUUAACUCA